CCUUUUCACCAGACAAGAACACAAACUCAAAACUACUGAAGCUCAUGGAACAGUAAACGCUCUCAGACCCACAAUUCUAAUCAUGCAAUUCAUGACACUGCUGUAGAAUGUGGCACGUCUCUUUCAGACUGAUUAAAAAUGCCUCAACUCAUGAUCCGUAUUUAGUCCACAGGCUGUUCUCUUUAAUCACUGAUAGCUGAAAAAAGAAAAAAAAAUGGCUAAAAUGGAAUUAGUAAAGUUUGCGUAAAAUCGUAUGAUUCAUGUAAAUACUUGUGAAUACUGGAUGUGAUCAUCUCAGACGUACUUUAUAAAAUGAAUCAUUAUCAGUGAUUUCCUAACAAAACAGUUAGAAUUACAUUCAGAUGUCCCUGCCCGUAGUUAGAUGAACUUACGUAAACGUUAGCUUCCAUUACCAUUCAGUCACUUUGUCAUAAAUGCCGUAUGUGCCAAAAAACAAUUCAACAAUUUUCGUCAACUUUUACUGUACUUUUAGUAUGAAUAUGUUUCGUGAUGGAAUAUAGUAAACCUCCCACGCAAAUGUCUUGUACUUCAGUAAAUUUGUGUUUUGACACAGUCUGUGAUGACAGGGUCUCCUGCUGAUGUCCAGAACAAUCUGAAUUCAGCGCUUUUCACUCGGUUUUUAUUACUACUGGUGUCUGAGGCUUUAGUCACUCCACUGCCAUGGCUGCAUGUCAAAGGUUUUACUGAGCUUUACUGAGUAUUCUACAGAUCCAGCACAGCUCUCAGAUGAGGUAACAUUUGCCUCAUUCUGACAAAAGCACAGCCUGGUUGGGAAACAUUAUUAAAACCACUUCAUCAUGCUGUCACUUGGUGUCUGCUAGCAGCUCAGCUCCACAUUGGUCGUGUCAGUUUGAACCUAUGAAUAGCACCCAAUGAAUCACAGAGACGUUGGACUCCUCUCUCUGUCCCUCACUUGUGCUUCAACAAACGAAAUGAAUGAAAACACUGGCUGUCUUCACAUGGUUACCGCUGCUCCUGUUGCCCUCCUCUCCCCUCUCCCUUUCUCCCGGUUGGUGGGUUACAGCAGGGAGAAAUAGUGGGCGUAACGUGUGCGUCUGUGUUGGUGCUCCCAGGGCGCAUGCGGACUGAGGCCCAGAAGGGAAAGCCUUCCACACAGAUCUAAGCCAGCUGCCCUGCUCCUAAUGCUUCAUUUCAAGAAGAGUGGAAGAACAGGGGGGCGCCACAUGCAUCCCCUCCACCAGCGUGCUCAGAGUCCACUGGGGAAGCAGCCGUCUGCUCUAUCAGCAGCAGAUCAGCAACUUUUAUAGGUGUUUGCUGUUCUCCACGAGGAGAUCUUCUGCUUCACAUUCCCCGGACUUAAAGGGCACUUGCCCUGAGAGGGGUGGGGGGUGUUCAAACAAACUGACCCCUGGGGUUAAGUAGAAUCAGUUUUUGUGAAGUCCUGUGAAGGAGAAGUGGGAGGAGGGUAUAGGCAGCGAUUAGUGGGAGGUAGGAGGCCACGGUGGGGCUCCUACACUGCUGAAGGAGUCAAAGGAGUCCGCUGGAAAAGUGGAGGAGAUGGCUACAGGAGAAAUCACAACACUUCCUUCUACACCUGAAGACGGUAGUUCUAGUGCGUUCCCCGGUGGAACCUUUAAGGAACCCAAAAGGCUGUACUGCAAAAACGGAGGUUACUUUCUGAGGAUAAAGUCUGACGGCGGAGUGGAUGGAAUCCGGGAGAAGAGCGACCCCCACAUAAAACUUCAACUCCAGGCGACUGCAGUGGGGGAGGUGGUCAUCAAAGGCGUUUGUGCUAACCGUUAUCUGGCGAUGAACAGGGACGGGCGACUGUUUGGAGUGAGGCGAGCAACUGACGAAUGCCACUUCCUGGAGCGGCUUGAGAGCAACAACUACAACACCUAUCGCUCCAGGAAGUACCCAAACAUGUAUGUGGCGCUGAAGCGAACCGGCCAGUACAAAUCUGGACACAGCACUGGACCGGGUCAGAAGGCCAUCCUCUUUCUGCCCAUGUCUGCAAAGUGCUAAUCCGCGAUAGGAUUGAGGAUUAAACAGAGGUGAAAGGAAGAUGUGAUUGUGAAUGACAACAAAUGUCACUUAUUUACAGCUGUGAUCGUUUUAACUGUUGCAUUUUUAACAGUUAUUUAUUCUGUUCUUUUAUUCAUUGCACACUCACACCUGGCUGCCUUCCAGUAAAACCAGGCUUUAAACUGAAGCCCAGUGCCUUGCUCGUGAGCGCCCAGAGCGAUCGGCAGUGCAACAUAAUUAUUUUUAAGCUUUAUUUUUUAGUGGGAGUCCUCCUCCUUUUCUUGACUUGGAAAUAAAGCAGCAACACACCGUCUUAGUCCGUCUUAGUGAUUGGCUCAAAAUGACAUUAGAAAAAUAUUCAGGAAUUUGUAAGAAUGUAGAAAC